CUCUGCUUUGCCUCCUCCUCCUCUUGCAACCACAUGACGUGGAUAAAAGGAUAAUGAUGCUAUAAACAUAUGUGUUUAAAGUAAUGUCACAGAAGAAUAUAAUCCCUUUGAAUGAAUGAAUAUGACCCCCAGAAUCUCACAAGUUACUGCUGUGGCCUGCCCACGUCAUUUGGAAUCUUGAGUAACACGUGCGUGGGCAUCAUUCCAGCACAAUGGGGGACUCUCUCGCUAGCUUCCCUCCCAAGGAGAGAGAUAUUAGAGAUCAUAGAACCAUAUGGAUGAUGAUGAAUAUGCCAAGCUCUUCCGUAGAAUGAAUCCCCCCAGAGUUGUAAUAGACAACAACGCUAGCGAUGAUGCCACUGUUAUUCAGGUUGAUAGUGUGAACAAACAGGGGACCCUCUUGGAAGUUGUCCAAGUCCUCACUGAUAUGAAUCUUGUCAUCAAGAAAGCUUACAUCUCUUCUGAUGGCGGUUGGUUCAUGGACGUCUUCAAAGUCAUCCACCAAGAUGGCAACAAGAUCACUGACACUCAACUCCUUGACUUUAUCCAAAUGAGGAUAGAGCGCAACGCUGGCUGGUUUAUUCCACCUUUAAGAAGUUCGGUUGGUGUCAUGCCCUCUGACGAAUACACCACCAUUGAGCUCGCUGGAACCGAUAGACCCGGUCUCUUGUCUGAAGUAUCUGCUGUUCUCACAGACCUUCACUGCAACGUUGUCAACGCUGAGAUAUGGACUCACAACACCAGAGCUGCUGCGGUUAUUCACGUCACCGACAAUACUACUAAUUCAGCUAUUACGGACCCAAUCCGCCUUUCCACCAUCAAACAUCUGCUGUGCAAUGUAGUUAGGACCAACAGCGGCUCCAGGGCUGCAAAAACCGUAUUUUCUUCUUCUGAUACACACAGGGAGAGGCGCUUGCAUCAGAUCAUGUUUGAUGACAGGGAUUACGAGGGAGCCAAAAGACCAAGGACAUCAAGGCCCUGUGUCACAUUAACAAACAUUGACAAGGAUUAUACCGUUGUUACCAUGAGGUCCAGAGAUAGACCAAAGCUUGUGUUUGACGUUGUCUGUACCUUGACUGAUAUGCAGUAUGUGGUGUUCCAUGGCAUGGUCAGCACAGAACCACUUGUGGCUUAUCAGGAGUUUUACAUCCGCCAUGUAGAUGGACUUCCCAUAAACUCAGAAGCCGAGCAAGACCGUGUUAUCCAAUGUCUUGAAGCAGCCAUUGAGAGAAGAACCUCCGAGGGUUUAGAGCUGGAACUAUCAGCAGAAGACAGAGUUGGUCUUCUCUCAGACAUAACCAGAACAUUCCGAGAGAACAGCUUAACUAUUGUGAGAGCAGAGAUUUCAACGCGAGAGGGUAAGGCUAAAGACACCUUCUACGUUACAGACGUAACAGGAAACGCUGUUGAAUCAAAAAUCGUGGAGUCAAUAAGGAAAGAGAUAGGUGUAAGCAAGCUGAAGGCGAAGGUGAAGCAGAACGAGGAAUGCUCUGUUCUUGGUACAAGCAGGGCUUCGCAAGAAACAACAAUGGGGUCUCUGCUUAGCAACAUCUUCAAAGCUAAGCCUAGUCUCCAGUAACUUCAAGCUCACUCAUAAUUGUCUCAUAGAGUAUGUGCUCUUGUAUAGAUAACAAAACUAUUAUUAGACAGGAUUAGGUAAGGCAUCAUAAGCUAAGCUGGUUGCAAAAAGUAGCCCGUCUUCUGAAACAAAUGUGGAGAAAUCCUCUUCUUUUUUUUUGGGUAAAAUUGUGUGGUCAAAAAUAACAGGAUGAACCUGUUUCUGUAUUAUGUUUAUAGCAUCUGAAGAAACUUGUUGACGA